UCUGCCGAGGCUGGGCAGAGAAAGAAAGCCAGUGCCCCAACAGAAGCACCACCAGAAGCUGGUGCCAUGGAUGUCCUGGUCCGACUCCUGCAGCUGCUCAUGCUGCUCCUGAUGCUGCCCCUGCACCUGAUGGCUCUGCUGGUCUGGCAGCCCCUGUGCAAAAGCUACUUCCCCUACCUGAUGGAUGCRCUGGCUGCCAAAACCAACCGAAGGAUGGAGAACAAGAAAUGGGAGCUCUUCAGUCAGAGAAAGAAGCUGAUGGGAACCUCAGGGAAGGUGGCCCUGCUGGAGCUGGGCUGUGGCACUGGUGCCAACUUCUAGUUCUAUCCUGCUGGCUGCAGCAUCACCUGCCUGGACCCAACCCCCGACUUUGAGAAGUUCCUGAAAAGGAGCAUGGCUGAGAACAGGCACCUCCUAUAUGAGCGGUUUGUGGUGGCCCCUGGAGAGGACAUGAAACAAGUGGCUGAUGGCUCCAUGGACCUGGUGGUCUGCACUCUGCUGCUGUGCUCUGUGCAGAGCCCAAAGAGGGUCCUGCAGGAAGUCCACAGAGUGCUGAGGCCGGGAGGAGUGCUGUUCUUCUGGGAGCACGUGGCUUAUCCGCGAGGAAGCCAGGCCUUCAUGUGGCAGCAAGUUUUUGAGCCCACCUGGAAGCACAUUGGGGAUGGCUGCUACCUUACCAGAGAGACCUGGAAGGACCUGGAGAAUGCCCAGUUCUCUGAGAUCCAAAUGGAACGACAGCCCCCUCCCAUCAAAUGGUUACCUGUUGGGCCCCACAUCAUGGGGAAGGCUGUGAAAUAAACUUCCAUGGGGGGGGGUCAUUUGCUCCCUCCCCUGUCC